GAGUCACUGCUCUCUUUCUACUGCGAUCAAACAAUAUGGCUACGAUCGACACAGUUUCAUUCAAUGAACCUCAUCCGCCACGAGAAAACGCCAUCGAAGCCUUUCAAAAUGUAUUAGGCGAUAUCAAACAGGCGAUCAUCGAUUCUCGUCGAGAUUGGGACAAGCAUGAACCUAGGAUGUGGAAUAGAGCGCAGAAGUUGACCGAUCAGCAACUGGUGGAUUUUAAGCUUGAGAAAGAUCUAGUACUCGUAAGAAGUGGACCGACUACCUAUGGCACGAUCAUUCUGGGAAAGAUUAGAAUUCCAGCUGUUAACGAUGCAGAAGAUGUCAAGUUUCACUCGAUUUUAACUGAUGAGGGCAACCGAAAUGAAGACGGACAACCCACGACAUGGUGUGCGAUUCAGAGGAACGAUUAUCCUCUUGAAUUUUUCAACGAGUAGACAUAUUGUAUGUAAUAGUUGUUGGCACGUUGUAGCCAGGCGUUGGCACCGACAUUUCUCACACACGACC